UCACCGUGAUUACCGAUUGGGGCAUAUCUGGAGCAAUCAGGAUAAGAGGAGCGAAGGUAUCCCUGCCCUGAUUGGUUGACGAAACGUUGCUCUAUCUCACGGAUAAAAUUCCCGAAUGUACUCUUAUCAUGUGAAAUUGUGUGGUUGAUGUUAUCAUCGCUUAUCACGCUUGUCGGUCCCGCGAAAUGAGAUCCUUACCCGCCUCCUUGUCAUGACAACGGAUGCGAGCAAGGAUAAGGAUGUCGAGGAAGCACGGGAGUAAGGCUAAUAUCGACUACAAGGCGCGGCUCGAGUAUAAGUUGUACUUGGCCAGAGAAAAUCCAGAGCCAAUAUUUGACGUGUCGGAAUGUGCCUUGAAGCAUGUGCCGUCUGGUAUCUACUCACUUUGCAAGGUGUUUCGGAAGAAAACCUUACUGAUGUACGACAACAAGCUGAGCUCGCUCUCAGGAGGAGGUGCCUUAAAUGACUUGUCGCUGCUGACUAUUUUAGACCUUCAUGGAAACGAGUUUACCACAUUACCCCCUGAUAUUAUGUGUCUCUCUUCCCUCAAGGAGCUCUAUUUGCAAGACAACAGCAUCCGCAAACUGCCCAAUGAAAUAACUUACUUGAGUAACUUAACAAUUCUUAAUAUUUCGAGGAACAACCUGAAACAACUGCCUAAUGGUAUUGGACAAAUGCAGAAACAACUAACUAUUCUCAAUAUCAGUCAUAAUAAAUCGCUGCAAAAGCUGCCCAAAUCUCUGGGCUAUGCUCAGCAAUUGACAAAUUUAAAUAUUGAUGAUUUAAACUUGUCAUAUCCACCUCAAGAUAUUUUAGAUGGUGGCACAAUAGUGAUUAUCGCAUUUUUGGCUAACGAGAAUGGCAUCGACUACUCGCCAGAGACUCCGAUAUCAGAGACUGAUAUUUCGAGGGACAUAAGUUCAGAAGAUAUGCAGAUAGUACAUCACAAUAAGAAUAAUGACGUUCAGGCAGCAUUACAGAAGCUAGACAAAAUGAAGGAACAGCGACAAAAUGCUUUGUUGGAAGUGGAGAAAAACAUAAAACAGCAGCAAGAAUAUGAAAUGGAACUGCAAUCCAUGCUGAAAGUUCAUAGAAAGAAGCUUUUGGAGGAUCUAGCAUCACAACAAAUACAAUUGGAACAAGAGCUUGAGAAAGUGCAGCAAGAAAGAGAUACGAACAGAGCGCGUUUACUUUCAUACAUUUAUAAUGCUGAAAAAGAAGCCGAUAACGUAAUUAAAGAAUUUCUAAAAAAUAGUGAAGAAGAAAGGCAAAGUCAAGCUGAAUUACUGGAACGGGAGAAGCAAGAAGAAAUGCAAUUGUUAAGUUCUUGCCACUCGGAACAAUUCAUGCUACGCAUGAAAGAUACUCUCUUUGAAAUGGAGAAAUUGUUGGAAGAGGAAAUGUGCAAGGCGAGAAAACUGGAAGAGUAUACUAAAUAUAGAGAUUACACAGCGCAAUCUCUACUUACACUGGAGGUAAGAAACAACGACCAUCUGGCACAAAUAGUGCAAGAUCAAGAAAAAAAUAGGCAAGAUCUCGUUGAUAGAUUGCGACAGGAUGAAGUUUUGCAGAAAGCGGCAGUUGCUGCAUUAUUGGAACGCAGUGAUGCGCGUUGUUGGAGCAUUGUUCAACAAGUGAAUCUAGUCCAAUCACAAUUAGCCGCGCUGACAAACAUCGAGCUUGAGAGGAGAAAAUUGGAGAUUAAUCAGCAGCUUAACGAGAUCGCUGAUAGACGUGUAGCUCUAACAGCUAUUCUAAUUGAUUUAUUGGAACAGCAAAAGAAUAGGAGAGAUCAACUACUAGAGACAAUCAAUGCGAUAGAGCAGCAGCGAUGCAUCUCUAACGCAAGACGAGGCAGUUUGUUCUGGUUAAUGCAGUAUCAAUCUCUAAUGGAAGCACGGCCACAAGGAUUGCUGGAAAUGUUGGAACCUAUGCUAGUUCGACAUGUAGCAAUAGCAGGAGCUUUGCAUUGCCUUCCAUUCCUGGCCACAUUGCCGUCUUUAUUACCAGACAUCAAUGAUGAACAGUUAAAAGAUAUAGGCAUAAAUUGCGAUACAGAUCGUGCCGCUAUAAUGCUAGCAGUUGAGAAUUAUUUGGCAGAGAUGAAACUAAAUGAAUCUACAUCACCCACAAUACCUUCUGCGCCUCCUGAAGAAGCGUCAUCCAGUAAUCAGGACUGCAAUUUCACUCAGAACAUUAAUAUGAUGGAAUGCGUAAUUUGCCUCGAUUUGCAAUGUGAGGUCAUUUUUCUACCUUGUGGACAUCUCUGCUGUUGUUCCACUUGUGCGGACAAAGUUUCUGCAGGAUGUCCAAUGUGCAGGAGUUCAAUAGACCGUAAAGUUCGAAUUGUGCAGCCUUAAAUUUGCGAAAUUCAAUUGUAUUCAGUUUAUUCGUGAAUUCAAUUCGAUGCUCUUCAAAGGUAUGAAAAUAAUGCACUAUUCUUCCUAAACUGUGAUUAUACACGCGCGCGCAAACGAAAUAUUUCGAUAAUAGCUAUUUAUAAUGCGCACAACAAUUAUAUUUACCAUUGGUAACAUAAUGCUCAUGUAAAUGUCGAUUCCAUAUAUACACAAAUAUUUCAUUUUAUUGGAACAUAAGUAUAAAACGUCAAGUUUACAAAAUAUGCAACUGUUACCAAUAAAAUGGAAUACUUUAUAUGUGUAUAUAUAUAUAUAUA